AUGAUGCCUGAGUGGGAGCCGGUUCGAGGGUUCGCACCACACGUGGUUAAGCCCCCUGCUUGGGUGCGGCGGACUCCAAGAAGAUGUGCACCUGGAUUUGCCCCCUGCUGCAAACCUGGCGCUGGGCUGAUGGGCAUCUGGGUCAUGGGAAAGAUCAUUAACUGCAAUCGCUACAGGAGCGGAACGGACUCACCGCAGGGAACUGCAGUCCCGCCUACAGAGAAGAGGAUGCCGAAUCACCAAUUUGGGUCCCAGACAGACUCAUCAGGCCAGCCAAAGGAAACGGACAUCCGUCCCCCACGCCGAAAGAGGCCGAACCGCCAGAUAAUGCGGAACCUGGCCAAAAAGAUCAAGGCGACUCGCCUAGAGCUGAAAAUGAAACCACGCCAGACGCUUGAUAGACAGAACAAACCACUAAUAGAACAUCCAGAACUGUUCCGACUGGUUGCUUCUAGAGGACCAAAGUGCUACUCACUUCACCUUGGAAUUCUUCCCUUCAUAGUGCUUUUCUUAGUCUUCUUUGGCUAUGGGCUCCUGAAACCCAGAAGCCAGGAGUUGGGAGACACAGGAGCUGUGAGCAGAAUGGCCUAUUCCCAACCAAAGGUACUAGCACCAAGUAGGAAAGAUGUUCUUGUCUUGACACCUUGGCUGGCUCCUAUCAUCUGGGAGGGGACCUUCAACAUCGACAUACUAAAUGAGCAGUUCAAGCUUCGGAAUACCACGAUUGGACUGACUGUGUUUGCCAUCAAAAAGUAUGUGGUGUUCCUGAAGCUCUUCCUGGAGACGGCAGAGCAGCACUUCAUGGUGGGACACAAGGUCAUCUACUAUGUCUUCACUGACCGGCCAGCUGAUGUCCCACAGGUGCCCCUGGGCGCAGGGCGGAAGCUGGUGGUGCUAACUGUGCGCAACUACACCCGCUGGCAGGACGUGUCCAUGCACAGGAUGAUCAGCCACUUCUCAGAGCAGCGCUUUCAGCAUGAGGUGGACUACCUCGUGUGUGCAGAUGUGGACAUGAAGUUCAGGGACCACGUGGGUGUGGAGAUUCUCUCAGCGCUCUUUGGCACCCUGCAUCCUGGCUUCUACCGUAGCCGACGAGAGUCCUUUACCUAUGAGCGCCGGCCACAGUCCCAAGCCUACAUCCCUCAGGAUGAGGGUGACUUUUACUAUAUGGGAGCCUUCUUUGGAGGGUCAGUGGUAGAGGUGCACCGUCUUACAAAGGCCUGCCAUGAGGCUAUGGAAAAGGACAAGGCCAACAACAUUGAGGCCGUGUGGCAUGACGAGAGCCAUCUGAACAAGUACCUGCUAUACCAUAAGCCGACAAAGGUGCUGUCCCCAGAGUACAUGUGGGACCAGCAGCUGCUGGGCUGGCCCUCCAUCAUGAAGAAACUCCGGUAUGUGGCUGUGCCCAAAAACCAUCAGGAAAUUAGGAACUGA